AUGGAGCACUUCCCUACUCAUGGCACCUAUAUCGAGAAGGAAGCGAUUGACCAGCUGUCGGGCGAACACCGACAGUACUUGCUCCACCGCCAUGGCACAUUGGAUCUGGAUCCAAUUCCUGGGUAUGGCGAUGCGGACCCGUACAACUGGACAACAUGGAAGAAAAUCGCCAACCUGCUCCUCGUGGCCUUUCACGCCUUGAUGGCAACCUUUACGGCAGCCAGCAUCAUCCCCGCCUACGGAGCCAUCUCGAAAGACCUUGGCGUUAGUAUCCAAGAGGCCUCGUACCUGACCUCGCUCCAGAUCGCCAUCAUCGGUGGUGCACCACUCUUCUGGCGGCCCAUGUCCAACCGAUUCGGACGACGACCUAUCUUCAUCUUGAGUCUGAUCUGUAGCUUGGUGGCAAACAUAGGAUGUGCCAACAGUCCUAGCUAUGGGACCAUGGCCUUGUGUAGAGCCAUCACGGCUUUCUUCAUCUGCCCACCCAGUGCUAUUGGCAGCGGCGUCGUGACUGAGGUAUUCUUUAAGAAGGAACGUGCCAGAUAUCUUGGUAUCUGGACGCUCAUGGUUACCCUUGGAGUCCCUCUCUCGCCUCUCAUCUUUGGGUUCGUGGCCACGCGACUCAACUACCGCUGGAUCUACUAUAUCCUGGCCAUUAUCAACAGCACCCAGCUAGUCCUCUACAUCUUCCUCGGCCCCGAAACCCGCUACAUUCGCCGCGGCGUCGAGCAUCACGGCUCCGAGCUCAAGCAGGAAUACAUGAACUUCCACCGCAUCGACCCCACGCCCUUCAGCCUUGCUGAGUUUCUGCGCCCCCUGGCCAUGGGCCGCCACUUGUGCAUCAUGCUGCCAGCUGCGGCCUACGCCAUGGUCUUCAUGUUUGGCAGCAUCAUCAUCACCGUCGAAGUGCCUCAACUGUUCGAGGAGAAGUUUGAGUUCACUCCUGCGCAGAUCGGGUUACAGUUCAUUGGGCUUAUUAUUGGAAGUAUUUUGGGUGAACUCAUUGGUGGUUACAUAUCCGAUCACUGGAUGCUGUUGGGGACUAAGAAGACUGGGUCAAGGCCACAACCGGAAUACCGCUUAUGGCUGAGUUAUAUCGGAUACUUGCUUACGAUAACGGGCGUGGUGGUAUUCUUGGUACGUCUCGACGAGGCGCCUGACGGCCAAUGGAACGUUACGCCCAUUGUUGGUGCCGCGAUCGCUGGUGGUGGCAACCAGAUUGUGACCACGGUCUUGAUCACUUACGCUGUCGACUGUUAUCAUGAAGAGUCUGCAAGUGUGGGCGUGUUCAUCACCUUUGUGAGGCAAAUUUGGGGUUUCAUUGGGCCUUUUUGGUUCCCGGAUAUGUUUGUCAACCUCGGCCUUCGGAACAGUGCCGCGCUCUGCAGUUGCCUUAUGAUUGGUGUCAGCAUCAUUCCUACCAUAUUCCUCCAGUUGAAGGGAAGGAGCUGGCGGUAG